AUGGCCGCCACCCUCCGCCAGCGUGCUGCCGCGCAGCCCGCUCCCCGCAAGGAGAAGGAGCACGAUGUCCUCGCCUCUUCCGACUCUGAGGACGAGCACAACCAGGACCCGAUCAAGGCCCUCGAGAACGAGUACCCGCCGUUCGUCGUACCCAACUACUCGAUCAAGGAGUUGCUGGGCGCCAUCCCCGCCCACUGCUUCGAGCGCUCGGCGCUGCGCUCGUCGCUCUACGUCGUCGGCGACUUUGCCAUGCUCGCGGGUCUCGGGUACGCCGCGUCGCACAUCGACCCGGCCUUUUCGUUCGACGGCGGCAAGGUCCUCAGCGGCUGGGCCGGCUUCGCAGCCAAGUGGGCCUUGUGGUCCGCCUACUGGGUCCUCGCCGGCUGGGUCGGCACGGGCGUCUGGAUCCUCGGACACGAGUGCGGCCACCAGGCGUUCUCGACGUCCAAGACGGUCAACAACACGAUGGGCUUGUUCCUCCACUCGUUCGUCCUCGUCCCGUACCACUCGUGGCGCAUCUCGCACGCCAAGCACCACGCCGCGACCGGACACAUGACCCGCGACGAGGUCUUUGUCCCGCGCACCGCGUCGUUCCGCAACCCCAAGCCCACCGGCAGGAAGCUCCGCGUCGCGCCCAACAUCGAGCUCGACGAGCUCCUCGAGGACGCCCCGCUGUACCGCCUCGGCUGGCUCCUCGUCCAGCAGCUCUUCGGCUGGCCCGCGUACCUCUUCUCGAACGCAUCCGGACAGCUCUGGUACCCCAAGUGGACCAACCACUUCGACCCGUCGUCGCUCGUCUUUGACGCGCGCCACCGCGGCCAGGUCCUCAUCUCGGACGCCUUCCUCGCGGGCAUGAUCGGCCUCCUCGUCGCCUUUGGCCAGGUCGUCGGACUCGCCGGCGUCGUCAAGUACUACUUCAUUCCUUACCUCUUUGUCAACCACUGGCUUGUCAUGAUCACCUACCUCCAGCACACGGACCCCUCGCUCCCUCACUACAACGCCGGCAUGUGGAACUUCCAGCGCGGCGCCCUCUGCACCAUCGACCGCAACAUGCUCGGCCCCGUCGGACCCUACCUCAUGCACGGCAUCUGCGAGACUCACGUUGCGCACCACCUCUCGUCCAAGAUCCCCCACUACCACGCGUGGGAGGCGACAGAGGCGCUUAAGAACUUCCUCGGCGAGCACUACAACUACACCGAUGAGCCCAUGUUCUUGUCGCUCUGGAAGGCGUAUAGGCAGUGCCGCUACGUCGACGACGAGGGCGACGUCCUCUUCUACCGCGACGCCUACGGCCGCGCACGCCGCGUCGCCGUCCCCGCCGAGGUCCCCUCCGACUCGGGCGUCGAGGGACUCUAG